AUGGAUGAAGAAAAUCAGCCUCAUAAAUUUGUAUUAAUUAAUGGAUUGGAAAUUGCUGCGGAAAUUAAAGAGGAAAUUAAAAGAGAUAUUGAAAGAAUUGUUGAAAAACAAAAAGGUGGACAAGUGAGAAGACCAGGAUUGGCCGUGGUUAUGGUGGGAUCGAGAAAGGAUUCAUUGACCUAUGUACAGAGAAAGCAGGAAGCGUGUGCCGAGCUGGGAAUUGAAAGUUUUAAAACACAUUUUGAAGAUGAUCAAUCAGUUACUGAUGAGGAUGUGAUUAAAACUAUUCAACAGUACAAUGCUGAUGAUAGAGUGCACGGAAUACUUGUGCAAUUACCACUUCCAUCACAUUUGAAUGAGGAAAAGAUUUUGGAAAGUAUUUCUCCAGCUAAAGAUGUAGAUGGUUUGACACAAUUUAGUUUUGGAUUAAUUUCAAUGAAGGGAAGAAAAUUAGUUGAUGGUAUCAAUUUUGUUCCUUGCACACCACUUGGAAUAAUGGAAAUGAUUAGAAGAACUGCCCAAAAAUUGAACAUGAAUUUGGAAGGGUUAGAUUCUGUGGUUGUUGGAGCUUCGAAUAUUGUUGGUAUUCCAACAGCUUUGGUACUAUUGAAUCAACUUCAGACCUCUGUACAGCUGCUUCACAUCAAAUCACAAAACAUUCCAGAAAAGAUUUCCAAGGCUGACAUUCUGGUAGUAUGUUGUGGAUGUGCUGAAAUCAUUAAACCUGAAUGGAUCAAAAAGGGAGCUAUUGUAAUUGAUGUAGGAUUGACACCAGUUGAAGACAAGACACAAGAACGAGGAUUCAGAUUGGUAGGUGAUGUUCUCUUUGAUGAUAAUCUCAAAAAGAGAGCAAGUGCUGCUACACCAGUUCCUGGAGGCGUAGGACCAGUCACUAUUGCAUCACUGAUGAAGAAUACCUAUCACAGUUUCUUAAGCAAAAACCCAGAUUUACACUUGUAA